AAAUGCUAUAAAUGUUAUAAACAAACUGUUGUUUGCAUAUUGCACAAGUUGCAAAAUAGAAAUAAAGGCCACUACUGUAUAGGUAUUACAUGUUAGAACAUCUAAAACUGAUAUAAAUAAUUAUUGAAUUCACAAAAACGAAAUACAUUGAAAUGAAAUAUUUUGCUCUGUCAAUACUAUCGUUAUUUGUGAUUUUGACAGCAUAUGGGAAUGCAUCAAUCAAAUGUGGACCCAAUGAAACUGCUCCCGCUUGUCGUCCAUGCAGAACAACAUGUGCCGACCGACACAAGAUUUGUUCGUUUAUUUGCAUACACAAUACCAAAUGUUACUGUAGACCUGGAUUUUUGAGAAAAAGGAGUAGAUGUGUACCAGAAUCAAAAUGCUAAAUAAGACGUAUAAUGAUUCAUGACUUGUAAUCUGUCAUAAUAAAUAUUACAGCGUUGUUA